AUGCUAAAUUACGAUAUUGAUGUCGGUAAUGAGCCGAGUCUCCAAGAUUCUCUUCUCACAGCUCAUGACCCUGCAGCAAAGGCCAAAACAAAUCCUACCUCAACAAAGCCUGACAAUUCUUUGGAGAACGAUAUAUCACCAAGUUCUAACGUGCCAUAUGUUUCAAAAGACUAUUGGGGCUGGGAAAUUUUUGGAGUCCUUGGUUCAGCCGCAAUAAUUGUUGGCAUAGCUGUCAUACUUGAUAGAUUUGAUGGCAAGAGGCAGCCUUCCUGGGAGCAUGUCUCACUCAACUCUCUCAUCUCUUGGCUUAGCACAGCUGCCAAAUUCUGUCUUCUUAUGCCCAUUUCCAGGGGUCUUGGUCAGUUGAAGUGGGUGUGGUUUGCGGAAAAGAAACGGCCGCUUUCGGACCUCGAAGAAUUCGAUUCUGCGAGUAGAAGCAUUUCUGGAAGCGCCAAACUUCUUUGGAGACUGAAAGGACUGCAUUUUGCUGCUCUUGGUAGUCUAACUAUCAUCCUGGCUUCUGGAUUCGACCCAUUUAUUCAGAACCUGAUCCAUUACUAUCCGAAUACUGUUUCAGACCCCUCCCAACUUGCUUACCUGGCCAACCUUUCGACCUAUACUGCUGUUGGUCCACUGCUUGGUGGUCACCUCAGUGAUGUGGACCUAGGUCUCAAGGCUAAUGUCUACAAUGCCAUUCUGAACCCCAAAGCAUCUCAAUUUUGGGCUCAGCCUCAGUACAUCUGCAACACAGGAAACUGUACAUGGAAACCAGCAGCCAGUAUCGGCAUCUGCCCUCUCUGUGCCGACAUCAGUUCGGAUCUGUCCGUGUCAUGGAACUCCCAGGAAAACAGCAAUGUCAAUCCCUUGGUGUACAAGAACCACACUUUCCCCCUCAUUCAAGCCAUCAAGGCUUUAUAUAAUGAUACGAAUCAGAAUCUCGCCAUCGAAUUGACCAACGAAACGCAUUUUAUAGCUACAGAGUGCUCCCUUGAGCCCUGCGUGCGAAGUGUCCAGCCUUCUGUCAUAAGGGGCAUUUACAGCGAAUCCACACCAACCUACUGGCUCGAGCUUGAAAAUAGGACAGCCGGCAGCAAUAGUCUUCUGCAUGUAACCUUAACUCCGCCAUGGGGCUCAAAUCUUGGAAUCCAGGAAGGUCAGAGCUUUGGGAUCGAUUUUUAUGCGCUCGAUGCGCUCAGCGUCCAUAUCUCUACUCUGUUCUCAGGCAAGGUGCACGUUGGUUCAGACACUCUGUUUUUCAAUGCAUCGAGGCCUGAUAUACUACAAGCAAUCUUUUAUGGGCACUUUGCCGACUGUGACAAUCCGUCAGAUAAAGUUGGCUGCACUGUUAACAACGUCGCUAAAGCUAUGUCGAAAUCUUUCUGGGACACUCCAUAUAUGAACUAUGGUAUGGAAGGUGCAAACAUGACUAUAGGAGAGACACUUGUCACUCUUACUUUCGUUCGAAUUCAGUGGUGGUGGCUUGUUUUCCCAGCAACCAUCUGGCUACUCAGUGUCGUCACCCUGUUGGGAACCGUGUGGAAAACGCGCAGAGCUCAAGUGCAAGUAUGGCGGAAUAGUCCUUUCCCGCUGAUUUUACUUCAUCGCCAUGAAGAUUUUGAAGCUAAUGGGAGCUAUGAUAUCUCUACUGCUGGCCUUUCGACAAGGGCAAAGAAACUGCGUGUUAAGCUUCAUGUGCCAGAAGAUAACAUACGUGUCACAAACCAUUCGCUAAAUUGA